AAAUUUUAAACAUUAAGAGUUUUUCGUAUAUGUGCAUUAAUAUUUUUAAAUGUUUAAUUUAAAAAACAAAUUCAUAAACUUAACGAAGAACAGCUGAUUGCAGGCCAUUCAUUCGACUUUCAAUGCUGGUCACACUAUUCGGCAAUCCAAUUGCACGUGCAGCGCCAAAACAACACAUUUUUUGUGGGGAAGUACGAUUGCAAAUUGUUUUGAAUUGUCUAUGCAACCGCCCAAGGAUGAAGUCGAUAUGGAGGUGGUAGAGCCCGAGGAUGCCGAAAGUGACAUGGAGCCCGUUAGCGACAGCGACGACGAUGCCGACGGCACCACAAAGCAACCCAAACAAGUCUAUCUGCCAGGCAAAACGCUGGCCGAAGACGAAGAGUUGGUGUGUGAUGAGAGCGCCUACGUGAUGCUUCAUCAAGCCUCUACGGGCGCACCCUGCCUCAGCUUCGAUGUCAUUCCCGACGAAUUGGGCACAGGACGCGAAGCAUUCCCCCUGACCGCUUACAUUGUGGCUGGAACUCAAGCAGCUCGUGCACAUGUCAACAAUCUGAUUGUGAUGAAGAUGGGCAAUCUGCACAAGACGCAGGAUGACGACGAAGCUGACGAAGAGGACUAUGAGGAGCUGGACGACGAUCAGGACGAUGUAGCCGACAAAAGUGAGCUGAAAAAACCACAAAUGAGCUGCGCCCUCAUCAAGCAUCAGGGCUGCGUGAAUCGUGUGCGUGCUCGUCGCCUUGGCAAUAAUGUGUUUGCCGCAUCGUGGAGCGAACUGGGACGUGUAAACAUCUGGAAUCUAUCGCAGCAGCUGCAGGCCGUCGAGGAUGCUGAGCUGCUGAAGCAAUACGAGCAGCAGCAGAGCGCCAACUCUGAUUCCCGUCCAGCUUUCACAUUUAGCGGUCAUCAGCAGGAGGGAUUUGCCAUCGACUGGAGCCCCAGCGCGGAGGGAGUGCUGGCAACUGGCGACUGUCGUCGUGAUAUACACAUCUGGAGUCCGUUGGAGGAUGGCAGCUGGAAGGUGGAUCAGCGUCCGUUGCUAGGUCACACGGCAUCCGUCGAGGAUUUGCAGUGGAGUCCCAAUGAGCGCAGCGUGCUGGCAUCCUGCUCGGUGGACAAAUCCAUACGCAUUUGGGAUUGCCGUGCGGCGCCACAGAAAGCGUGCAUGCUCAGUUGUGAGAAUGCGCACAGCAGCGACAUCAAUGUGAUCUCGUGGAACCACACGGAACCCUUCAUUGCCAGCGGCGGCGACGAUGGUUUCCUGCACAUCUGGGAUUUGCGUCAGUUCAAGACACAGAAACCAAUUGCGACGUUUAAGCAUCAUACGGAUCACAUAACCACCGUGGAGUGGAAUCCCAAUGAGGCCACAGUGCUCGCUUCGGGCGGCGAUGAUGAUCAGAUUGCCAUCUGGGAUUUGGCUGUGGAGAAGGAUGCGGAUCAAGCUCCGGCGCCAGCACAGAACGAAGAUGAGCUGAGCAAGCUGCCACCGCAACUGCUGUUCAUCCAUCAAGGACAAAAGGAGAUCAAGGAGCUGCACUGGCAUCCACAGCUGCCGGGCGUUAUGCUAUCGACGGCGCACAGCGGCUUCAACAUCUUCCGCACGAUCAGCGUCUGA